GCCCCAGGAGGAGGAGGAGGAAGAAGAGGAGGAAGAGGGAGAGGGGGGAAAGCAGAACCCGGCGCGCUGCGCCGAGGACGCACAAAGCAUUAGGAGGCAGCCGCUUUCCAAACGAAGGGAGGAAAGAGCAAGAGAAGCGAGGAAAGAGCCUUCUCCUCCUGGUUCUCCUCCAGCUUCCCCUCCAGGUUGGAAGGGCCCAUGAGUCGGCGUCGCCCCGCUCCCUCGGAUUCACCCCGCUUUGGAUCCGCGGGGAUGAAAUGGUGCUGAAAGGAGGACCGAGUUGCACCGCAUCCUUCGCCCCAUAGAAGAAGACGAAGAAGAGGAGGAGGAGGAAGGAGAGCGAUGCCGCAAGGCACGGCGGCGCCCGGAUCCGCCACUGAUCCCCGGUUACAAGCGGGAGGAUCCCCGGAGCAGGAGAUCCAGCCUCUCCUCCGCCUUUGAGAAGCGAGAGAAGCCGCCGGAGAGGAGGGCAGCGGCGUCGGGGCUGGAGCCUCCUCCCUGGGCGCCUCUGGGGCGCUCGUUUGCCUCGGAUCUCCUGCCUUCCUUGCCUGCCUGCCUCCAUCCCCGCCGCCGUUGCGUUUACUGGAUGCGUAUGAAUGAGUUCUGCACCGAAUGGGCGCAAAAAGCGCCCCAGGUCGGCGGGCUCCAUCUUCCAGAUCAGCAAAACGCCGCUGCAGGGAGGCCGGGAGGCUGAGCGCCGGGGAAGCGCCUCCGAGGGAGCCCCCAAGACCCAGAGACUGGCCCUGGACGACUGCAAGAUGCUUGUCCAGGAUUUUAACACCCAGGUGGCUCUGUACCGUGAAUUGGUCAUUUCCAUUGGGGACGUUUCCGUCAGUUGUCUAUCUUUACGUGCUGAAAUGCAUAGAACUCGAACCAAAGGAUGUGAGAUCGCCUACCAGGCACACCAAAAGCUGUCAGCAAUCUCUGGCCCAGAAGAUGGGGAAAUUCAUCCUGAAAUCUGUAGACUGUUUAUCCAGUUGCAGUGUUGCUUAGAAAUGUAUACAACAGAGAUGCUAAAAUCCAUAUGCCUACUAGGAUCGCUUCAGCUUCAUCGGAAAGGAUUGGAGUCUUGUUCAGCACCCAAGGUCAUAGACAGUAAACAAGAGGAGAGUUCAGAGGCUCCUAUUUUAGAAGACACGUCAUCUUCACCAAUAGACAUCCAGCAACAUUUAUGGCAGGUUUCCACAGAUAUUGAAAACACAGAGAGGGAUAUGAGAGAAAUGAAAAACCUUUUAAGCAAACUCAGGGAAACUAUGCCUUUGCCACUGAAAAAUCAAGAUGAUAGCAGCCUCCUCAACUUGACUUCGACUCCUUAUCCAUUAGUGCGGAGACGGAAGCGGCGAUUCUUUGGACUGUGCUGUCUUGUCUCAAGCUAGAUGACCCAAUACAAAAGUUCACAGACAAUUACAGCCAAUACAAUUUGACCUUUAUUGGGAUAAGCCUAAAUGCUCUGAGUGAUCGUGUAUGUUUUCUACACUGCCCUAAUUAUAUUUCUUCCCUCUUUUUUGAGAGUUUUACAGUUCGUUGCUGAUGAGAACCAAAUCCAGAAUCCAAUUUACCAUUCAAAUAUUUUUAAAGUUUUUUUAAUGUCAUACUGCAUGUCCACUUUAAACCAUUGUGUUAUCAGAUGCAAAUAUUAUAAUUAUGAAAUAAAACAUGCAGAGGGUUUUUAAUUUAGUGUACAAACCACCACUGAUUGUGUACAGUACAAUACUUAUGACUGUAGCUCUUGCUAGUAUGAUGUUAAACUAUUUGAACAUAAUCUAUUAAGCAAUCUUAAUCCAUAGAAAACUAUUUAGAACAGCAAACCUGUGCUCAAGUUCUAAACGGCUAAAAUAAACAGAGCCAGUAUCUUAAGAGAACAUGCACAAACUCUCCUAUUGCUUUUUGUGCUCUCAUUCAUAUUUAGUCUUCCACUCUGUAUCUCAGCUUAUACAAAUCUCCAUACAAUCUUAAUUUCUGACUCGCAAGCAACAUAACAUUAUGUUGUCCCUGUAAAUAUCAGAUCGUUCUAUCUACAUAUUGUACAAUGCAUAGAAAUAGCUGAUUUACUUUUUAACCCCUGCCUCCACAAAUGUAUCUAUUUCUAUUUUGGAAAGAAAGGACUGUAUCAUUUUAAAAAAUGGUGUAGGAAACGAUAAAAUCUACAGAUGUAAAGCAGAUUAUCCCAUUUUGUUUCCAUUAAAGGUUGAAGCAUGGUGUCUGAACAUCAACUUAGUGUUACUGCUUAUAGGGCAUGCCAGAUGUAGCUCUAAUUGUAAAAUAUUAAACAUUUUACAUUGUUAAUAAAUAUUUUUUAGUUAAAUUAAA